GGCGUGCGGCUUCCUCUGGGCCGAUCUGAUUUCUCCGGGAGCGUGGUUAAGGCACACUCAGGAGAAAUCACCCUCCGUGGAGCAGAUACACAACCUCUCGGUGCGCACAGGCGCCUGGGCAGGCAGGGAGCUGUUUUCUUUGCAGAGGGGGGGGGAAAUCAACUAGUUUAUUCCUCACGCCUGGGAAAACAUCAUCCAGCAACGAAAAGCAAAAGGAGUAAGUUUUGGGGGGCCGUGGGGUCCCUGCAGGUUGGGACAGAGCCCCACCACGGGAGCCUCCGUCCUCACCCCCAUCAGAGAGACAAGGCAGGAGCUUUGUGGGACCCGGCCAAGAAGUCCAUCUGCAGGAGCGCAGGCAGGCAGAAGCAGCAGCCCCAUGUCGUGGGACACGGGGCAGCACGGGGCCACCGGGCUCCCCAGGGCCACGCUGCGGAAAUCAGCCUCAAUGUACACAGAAAUACAGCGGGAGCAUCCCAACAGCGGGAAUAUCCUGACUCACCCAGACUACAUAGAUGGAAACCCGGACCUGAUCAAACCUAAAAAGCUCCUCAACCCCGUCAAAGCCUCGAAGAGUCACCAGGAGCUGCACAGGGAGCUGCUGAUGAACCACAAGAGAGGCUUGGGCGUGGAGAGCAAGCCAGAGCUGCAGCGGGUGCUCGAGCACCGACGGCGAAACCAGCUCCUCAGACAGAAGAAGGAAGAGGAAGAGGCAAAGAAAUUGCAGUCACCCUUUGAAAAGGAGCUACUAAAGAGGCACCAGAGGCUGGAUCAGCUGGAGAAAGAGCAGGAGAAGGAGGAAGACCAUGCACCAGAAUUCAUUAAAGUAAAAGAAAACCUGAGAAGAACAUCGACAGUGACUGGGGAAGAGAAAGCAGCAUAGCUUCUGCCAAAACUCACUGGAGAUCCUACGAAGGCUGACAUCUCUGUACAUGGUGGACAUUCAAAGCCGCAUCUUUGGGGCUACUUACAGCUAUUAACACUUGCUCCAGUAGAAGGCACAAAAAAGGUUUUCUCAUCCCAGGAAGGUCUUAUGGUGGAAAAGGUGCAGCAUGCACUGAAGAAGUACUCAGGCGAGGAGAUGCAGAGAGAAGCGACGUCCCUUUCCUCCCAGACUGUGGGUGCACACUAACUUCCAGCUAACUCUUGGUUAACCCUUGAGGCACAGUGACCGUGUAAGGAGGGAUGGGCAUUCCCGUGAGUUUGGGGGACCCCACAUCUCCCCAGAGGUGGGCUUACCAAGCUGGGGACAAUAGGAGGGCAGCUGCAGCUCUGGUAACCCAGUGUGUUAACGCAAGGGACAACCUGUGCAUCGCUGAGAACAGCCCAGGUGACUGUAAGGGCUUUCCCAAGGGUUACUGGCAUCGUGCCACUACAUGAGUCCAGCCUUGCUGAGGCUGUGUGUCCCAGAAGCAUGGCUCUGCCAUUAAACAACAAAAAAAAUCAACCCGUGUGCCCACCCCAGCUCAUCAAUGGCCAGCCAGGUUCAACUGUUUUCAUGAGCACCUUUAAGCUGCAUUUCAAACCUGCUUGUGAACAGCUAUUUAGCUAUUUAUCCAGUUCCAUGCUCAGGCAGAAGAUAUACUGGGCUUUCCCAUGAAAUCCCCGAGUGAGAGGAAAAUGCUUCAUGCAUAAAAGUACAAGCCGGGGGCUUUCAGCAUGGAUGUCAGUGAAAGUAUGUGGUGACCAGGCAGCAACAAACUGCUUCUUGCCUCUCUGCACAAAGAUGCUGCUGCAAAACUGUCAGUGCUUCUUAUCCCUUCUUCCAGAGGUCAGUGCUGCCUCACACUGCAAGGCUAAAAAUCUUCCUGCUGCUGGUAGAGCAAAGCUGAGGUAGAUGGUGCCUUUGCACCACGUAUGGACAGAGGCCACCACAUUUAUGGGGCACCUGUGCCCUGAGGUGUCCACAUAUAGAGCUAAAAUUGCUCCUUCAGGUAGAUCUCAGCUUCUUGGUUCUCACACAGCCCUGCUACAAAGCCUGAACAGCAUAACUCACCGACUGCCUUCCAACACUGGUUCUUGAAAAGCAAGAGUCAAUGGGUGUAGUCAGCUGGGAAGGUGACACCUCGUUAAUAGUAUCUACCAUCCACAUCUGCAGGGGAUCCAUAUGUAAAUUAAGGAGAGGGGGUGUUUAUUAAGGAGAGGGGGUGUUUAUUAAGGAGAGGGGGUGUUUAAUAAGAAGUUACUAAUCCAUUCCCUAGUCUCUCUGGUCCAGCAGAGUGUUUCAUUUCAGAGGAUUGUUGCUCAACCUGGCAGCUUGAGUAAAACAUCUGAGCCACAUCAUGCGUCAAGCGCAGCGAUACAGAUAUGAGGCUUCUGGACAGCCUUACGUUAUAAAAAAGCCCUUAAGCCAGUUCCAGCCCUCAAGAGCCCCACCCCACAGCACUGGCCUUCGUUCAUCAUACUUAUUCUAAACAGGUUUUUAUUUCAGAAAUCCAGUGCAUAUGGUUUCUAUGGGUCAAACGAGAUCUGAAAGGAUUUGUUUUGUCUUUUCCCACUGUAAAGUUUUUCACAUAGCCUAUGAUUAAAACCAUGAGGGAGAAGCAGCAUCGAGCAUUUUUUCAGGGGGGGAAAAAAAGCCAAAUUUCUCAAAGAUAAAAUUGUGUCGCUAAGGAUGCUUGUACACAGCUGUAGAGAAUGCUUUAUAAUAUUCCAUCCAUAACAUCAGUUUAAAUAACAAACUGAGUUGUUGUUUUGUGAGAGGUUAUGGCACAGAUCAAGUAACCUUGAUCAAAGAGCUCCAAAAAAUAAAGCAAAUUAAUUUGUAAUUUUGCCACUGAUGGAAAUGCACUCCAGAAGAGACAAUCUGUCACUCCAUAUGCACCGGCAAAAACAGUGCUAUCGGCUCACCCUGUCUGCAACAGGGGCACUUAUGCAAGUCCUUGGGUGGGAAGCCUGGGCAAACUGAGUGCUUGGAGCAGGUUGGAAGUAUUUUGCUGUGGUCUUCUUGAAUAUGAGGAUAUUAUCUGAAAAACUCAAGGUGUCUUCCUUUCACUUGGCGUCCACCGAGCAUGGAGACGGGCCACGUACCUUUGCAGUCUGGCACUGCUGAGGGGGAGUUGGGCGUCCAGAAGUGAAAGGGAGGGCCAAAUCAUACUGUCCUAGCUGAGGAUAAGCUAACAGCACCAAAAGAGAUCCUUCAAGCUGUGGAGAGACAAUGAAGAGCCCUGACACAGUGAGGGCAGGGCGGCCCAUGCAUCCCUGCAGGCCACAGGCAGCGGCCAGCUGCCCACCUGAGACAGCCCCACCAUGCCAGCCCCAAGCUCCACGUACAAUGUAGCGCCCUAGGCUUGAGCCCCCCUGUGACGAGGCUUCAGAAGCAAUGUUUUCGUUGGAUUAAAACCCACAGCGCAGUCAAACAGAGCUCUUCAUGCCUGGACGAACUGAUGGCCACCUCCCUCACACACUUGUUCGUCACACCACGAUCAAUACAGAGGUGGCACUGUCUGGGCACCAAGGGAGCAUUGGACUCCAACAAUCCCAGCAGAAUUGAAAAUGCACCAGUGUGGACACAGCCAGGAUGAGAUCCUGGGAUGUGUUGUUUCCUCUUAAAUGAAUUCCUUCGUUUGGGGCCUAAUGCUCUAUGGCCCUAGAAUGCGUUCCUGAAUAGACGUGAUGUAUCCAGAAGGCACAGAUUAUCAGAGUAUUGAUGGAAGAUAUGUUUUUUUGCACUAUGUUUCCUAUGUGGUAUAUAGUUUAUAUUGUGUUGGUGUUUAUACAUUUAUAUACAUUUGUGUUGUGCAACUCUACUACAUUAACUGUCACUGCUCUGUUUAAUGUGGACACUUCUGAAGAAACAAACUAAACUGGUUGUAUUUUUUGCUCUUUUCCACAAGGAACUGAAAAAGCUCCAAGGAUGCAAGCAGACAACAGCCAAAUAAACUGAUUGAACAUAAAAACCACUUAAG